AUGGAUACGUUAGCUUCAAACUCUUCGGGUCUCACGAGCAAGUCAAGUCCAGGGUUGUGGUUUAGCAACAUGUAUCUCCUCACGACACUCCAAGCCUUUGUGGCCAUUUCUCUCUUGAUGAUGAUACUCAAGAAAAUAAAGUCAUCUUCACGAAACAAGAAGUUGCAUCCUCUCCCACCAGGACCGACCGGUUUUCCAAUUGUUGGAAUGAUUCCGGGGAUGCUCAAAAACCGUCCAGUUUUCCGGUGGAUUCAUAGCCUCAUGAAAGAGCUUAAUAACACGGAGAUACUUUGUGUACGUCUAGGAAACACUCACGUGAUCUCCGUUACGUGUCCUAAGAUAGCACGUGAGAUUUUUAAGCAACAAGACGCACUCUUCGCGUCAAGACCACUCACUUAUGCUCAAAAGAUCCUCUCCAACGGCUACAAAACAUGCGUGAUCACACCGUUCGGCGAACAAUUCAAGAAGAUGAGGAAAGUAAUAAUGACGGAGAUUGUUUGUCCGGCAAGACACCGAUGGCUACACGACAAUAGAGCCGAGGAAACAGAUCACUUGACCGCUUGGCUUUACAACAUGGUUAAAAAUAUCGAGCAUAUGGAUGCUAUGUUCGAGGGGUUAGGGUUUACGUUUGCGUUUUGUGUAUCGGAUUAUCUACCGAUGCUUACGGGAUUGGAUCUAAACGGACAUGAAAAGAUCAUGAGAGAAGCUAGUGCAAUUAUGGAUAAAUAUCACGAUCCUGUUAUUGACGAGAGGAUUAAGAUGUGGAGAGAAGGUAAAAGAACUCAGAUCCAAGAUUUUCUAGACAUUUUCAUCUCUAUCAAGGACGAAAAUGGCCAGCCGUUGCUUACCGCUGAUGAAAUCAAACCAACCAUUAAGGAACUUGUAAUGGCGGCACCGGACAACCCAUCAAACGCCGUAGAAUGGGCCAUGGCGGAGAUGAUAAACAAACCGGAGAUCCUCCACAAAGCUAUGGAAGAGAUCGAUAGAGUCGUCGGCAAAGAAAGAUUGGUCCAAGAAUCUGAUAUCCCAAAACUUAACUACCUCAAAGCUAUUAUCCGAGAAGCUUUUCGUCUUCAUCCCGUCGCCGCCUUCAACCUCCCACACGUGGCACUCUCCGACACAACCGUCGCAGGUUACCAUAUCCCUAAAGGAAGUCAAGUUUUACUUAGCCGUUACGGUCUUGGUCGUAACCCUAAGGUUUGGUCUGAUCCACUUAGCUUCAAACCGGAGAGGCAUCUGAAUGAGUGUUCAGAAGUGACUUUGACGGAGAAUGAUCUCCGAUUUAUCUCGUUUAGUACUGGAAAGAGAGGAUGUGCUGCUCCGGCGUUAGGUACGGCGAUAACCACCAUGAUGCUCGCGAGGCUUUUGCAAGGGUUUAAAUGGAAACUAGUCGGAGGUGAGACACGAGUAGAGCUUAUGGAAUCGAUUCAUGAUAUGUUUCUUUCGAAGCCUUUGGUUAUGGUCGGAGAAUUAAGAUUGUCAAAGGAUCUUUACCCAACAGUGAAGUGAGACGAAGUACGGUGACGUUCGGGGAAGGCUUUUGCAUGUAUUAUAUAUGAAUAUUAAUGUACGUAUAAGCGUAUAACCAAAAUUUUGGUAAAUCAUGCACCUUGAUUCACCAAACUUUGUUCAGUUUUGGUCUUUUGGGGAAUACUUAAACUGUGUUUCCU